AUGCUGCCCUGUUUCUUGUUCUUUCCCAAGCACAUCAGCACAUCGUUGGUGUUCCUGCGCAGUGCGCGCCACGGCUUCGCUUUCCUGCCGCGCUGGGUCCCCAGGCUGUCCUCGGGUUACCCGCCGGCCGCCCCCAUCCGCCUGCUGGCCGCAGCCGCCUCUUCCCGGGGGCCGGCAGAUGCCGCCGGCGCCCCGUCCCGGGUGCGCCAGAACUUUCACCCGGACUCCGAGGCCGCCAUUAACCGCCAGAUCAACUUGGAGCUCUAUGCAUCCUACGUGUACUUGUCCAUGGCCUAUUACUUCUCCCGAGAUGACGUGGCCUUGCACAACUUUGCCAGAUAUUUCCUUCGACUGUCCCGAGAGGAGACCGAGCACGCGGAGAAGCUGAUGAGGCUGCAGAACCAGCGGGGAGGACUGAUCUGCCUGCAGGACGUCAAGAAACCGGACCAGAGCGACUGGAAGAGUGGGCUGAAUGCCAUGGAGUGUGCUCUGCUCUUGGAAAAGAAUGUGAACCAGUCGUUGCUGGAAUUGCACACUCUGGCAUCAGAAAAAGGUGACCCCCAUUUGUGCGAUUUCCUAGAAACCCACUAUCUGAAUGAGCAGGUGAAAUCUAUCAAAGAACUGGGUGACCACGUGAACAACUUGGUUAAGAUGGGGGCCCCCGAAUCUGGUCUGGCAGAGUACCUUUUUGACAAACAUACCCUUGGAAAUGAAAACAAUCACAACUAA